AUGGACGUGGCAGAUGAACCUUGGCGAACGUGGCCGGAAUUCAGCCUCAAAGUUUAUAACCUCCCCCCCAUCAUCAACCUAGUUGAGCUAUACGAGUCCUUCAAACAUCAAGGCAAUAUCUCCUUGCUAGAGUUCGGAGAGAAACCAGACGGCUCCCGUGAUGGUUACGCCCUGGUUCGCUUUGAGCCCCCGCCCAAAGUCAACUUCUGGUCAUCAGGAUUCCACAUAGUUCGAUACAGUGGAGGCAAGAUUGCCCGUGUCAUUCUCAGGACUUUCAGACCGCGCAAUGAAAGAUACUGUAGCUUGAUCAAGAGCCCCUCUGACCCCAACAUUUGGUUCGAUUCCAGGAUGAUGCUCGAAGUGGAGCGUAUGGACUUUGGCACGCGCCUCCAGGAGAAUGAGAUGAUGUUGCUCAAAUCCGUCGAGAAAGGCGUGCGUAUCAUUAUGGAUUUGCAUAAGAAGAAGCUUACCGUUUACUUCGACACUUGUCCCCUGGGCUCCCCGGAAGGCCACAACAACGACGAUAACGAAGAUACACACCACCACAAGUGCGAAAUUGAUUUCGCCCGUCUCACCAGUGUCUACCGAGCCGACCGAGAUGAAAAUACACUUCUAGUCAUGCCUUUGGAGCUUCCACCCAUAUUCUGGACCAAGGCAGAUAAGAGGCAACGAAGCAAGAUGGCCGUGGGCAAGACUUCAAGGGGCACCAUGGACAGGUGGGAAAGACGCACAGUCAUAUUACACAAUGAUCAACUGCCAAGAGACUUCCCAGUCACCCUUCAAGCAGAAUUCGAAGAUCCGGACUUCAUCAAUACUGGUCGCUGGACCACUUACAGAUUCGCUAUUCCAAAGGCCGGAAACAACAUCUUGGAGAGAUUCCUGCAGGCUCUACAGGCCCACAAUGUCGCGACCAUCGUUAUAGAGCACUCUAUGACUAUACCUUUGCGACCUUCUCUGCUCGGUACUUUAUUUCGAGCUGAAAAACCCGAGAGUCAAUUGGGUACUUUCGAUCCUGCCUACGACAACCACCACUUGACCUUUGAGGUUCACUACCAGCUUGAGGUCUGCAUUUCUCGGGGCAUUGUAUCCGAGUACUCAAUCACUCAGCCAUUCAUCGACCGACUGUGUCAGAUGGACAAGGACCGGGCGAAAUGGAUGCUUGAGUACUUUGCGGAUCAAGGGAAGAGGGUAUGGAAUCCGAUGGAGAUAUUCGAGAGCGAAGAGGCUGCUCUUUACUUUCCCGGUAUGAGCAUGCCGUACUACUGCACUACGAUCCGGAAGGUCAUUAUCACACCAUCGACCAUGCACUUUUGCUCUCCAAGCGUCGAAUCCUCCAACAGGGUACUGCGAAAAUACAACUCUUAUCAAGACCGCUUCUUAAGAGUACAGUUCACGGACGAGCUGUACAGAGGUAAGGUCUACAGCGACGCAGGGGAAGAGAUCCACCACCGCAUAUACCGUGCCCUGAAGCAAGGCAUCAAGAUUGGUAAUCGCACCUACGAAUUUCUGGCAUUCGGAAACUCGCAAAUUCGAGAAUGCGCUGUCUACUUCUUCUGUCCGACCGAUCAUCUUUCAUGCGAUCAAAUUCGUGACUGGAUGGGACAUUUCAGACACAUCAAGAAUGUCGCCAAAUACGCCGCUCGCGUAGGUCAAUGCUUCUCAACGACGCGAGAAAUUCGAGGAGUUACGGUUCCUCAAAUCGUGCAGAUGCACGAUAUCAAGCGCGGAGGCCAUUGCUUCAGCGAUGGCAUUGGCAAGAUUUCGAAGCUGUUGGCUGAAAUAGUAAUCCAUGAGAUGGGUCAUGAUUCUGUUGGAAUACCCUCUGCUUUCCAGUUCCGCAUGGGUGGCUGCAAAGGCAUGCUCGCUGUUUGGCCUGACGCAAAGGGCCUCAAUGUUCACAUACGACCUUCACAAUCAAAGUUCAGAGCCCAGUUCAACGGCCUCGAGAUUAUCAAGUUCGCUCAGUUUUCACCAGCCACCUUGAAUCGACAAACCAUCACGAUCCUUACGACGCUUGGUGUCAAGGAUAUUCCCAUCCUGGAUCUUGCUCAAAAUCAAAUCCAGGGUUAUGAGAAGGCCAUGAAAGAUCGAGUGGCAGCUGCAAGUUUACUAGGGCAAUACAUUGACGAAAACAUGACAUCUCUGACCAUCAAAGACCUAGUCUGCUGGGGUUUUAUGGAUGCAGAGGUUCAAGAACCAUUCGUGCUGACAAUUUUGGACCUCUGGCGCAUCUGGUCUAUGAAGCUGUUGAAGGAAAAGGCUCGAGUAGUCGUCGACCAAGGCGCUUUCCUUCUCGGCUGCUUGGACGAGACGGGCGCGUUGAGAGGCCAUAGCCAGGCAACUGAGGGGAAGACAACCAACAACAUCGAGGACUUGCCACAGAUUUUCCUUCAGAUUCCGAACCCUCAGGAUGGAAAGUACUCCUGCGUCACCGGUGUGUGCAUUGUGGGACGGAAUCCUUCGCUUCAUCCAGGUGACAUUCGGGUUGUGGAAGCGGUCGAUAUCCCUGGACUACACCACCUUCAGAAUGUCGUGGUGUUCCCGAGCACUGGUGAUCGGGACGUCCCCAGCAUGCUUUCGGGAGGCGACCUUGACGGUGAUGAUUUCUUUGUCAUCUGGAACCCGGACCUCAUUCCCCAAACCUGGCACCAGCCACCCAUGGACUACAUCGCACCCAAAGCACCAAAAAUGAAGCGGGAUGUCAAGGUAUCAGACCUGAGAACGUUCUUCGUUCGUUAUAUUCAGAACGACUGCCUGGCUAAAGUUGCCGGGGCGCAUCUAGCUCAUGCUGAUCACUCCGAACAGGGGGCCAAUGAUCCGAAAUGCUUGAGGCUGGCACAGCUGCACUCCAAGGCGGUGGACUACGUCAAGACUGCGGACCCAGCCGAAUAUCCUAACGAGCUCGACCCCAAACGAUGGCCGCACUUCAUGAACCGCUCGAAAACAUAUAAAUCACGGACUGCGCUUGGCAAGAUCUACGACAUGGUCAAAGAGCAGGAGCUUAACCCUCUAUACGAGAAGAAGUUCGACGGAAGGGUAUUGGGAAGGUUUGAACUCUCCGAAGACCUUCUGCAAAAGGCUCGCAAGAUCAAAGGUCAAUACGACACAGCUCUACGCCGUCUCAUGAGUCACCGUGACGUUGGGACCGAAUUUGAAGCCUGGACAGGCUUCAUCCUGUCGAGGCCACGGGUUGGCAGCGACUACAAGCAACAAGAGGACAUUGGCCGAGAAUCAGCGGCCCUCAAGCAAAGAUUUCGCGAGAUUUGCUACGCAGUGGCUGGCAGUAGAAGAUUCGAAGACUUCGCCCCCUUUGUGGCUGCCAUGUAUCAAGUGACCGAGCAGGAGGUCAAUGCAAGGCUUGCAGAGGAGUAUGAGGAUGAGGACCACAAGCGACAAUCAAUGCCCCUGAUCAGCUUCCCGUGGAUCUUUCACUGGAUCAUGGGCCGCAUCGCCACAGGCCACGUCAAGAUCAAGCCGACCAUCGAUCCCGAGGCCAAGGCGAUCGCGAUGAAGUCUUAUCCUAUUCGCCGGGUUGAGACAGAGGAUACGAAGCAGCAAGAAGAGACUCAGCUUGAUGACGGCAGAGUGGUGCACCGCGGUGACCUGUUGGAGGUGUUUGAGAGCCCCACGAAGAAGGCUUCCGAAGUCUCACCAUCACCUGAGAGCCGUGGUACUGCUACUGGCUUGGAAGAGGUGCACGUUGAGGAGGAAGACAGUGCCAUGGAUGCCAUGGAGCGACUGAUGAGCAGCGCCAUGGUCUAG